CCGUUGCGCACACGGGCGAGAAAAUAAAAGUUUUUUUUUAUGUGCAAGGUUCUUCUGCAAGAAUCGACGACGACAAAACGGGAAAGGAAAAAAGUGAUAUUUUACUGCAUUCUACGCGUAAAAAGCGCUCUCGCGGUGGAUUCCCUGGGUGCCAAUCCAGCUACGAACGGUCCACAGUCGAGUGCGUCCCGCGGAACGGCGCGCCUUCGCAAAUAAUUCAGAGGUGUUCCGGAGUGUGAACGACGACGACGAUUCCCGACGUGCGAAGAAGAGUGGGGGGAGGAGGGUCGCGAAGCGGUAGCGGAGAAAUUCGCGACCAGGGUGCUCAAGUGUGCGGUCAGCGAAGAAGGGGGGUUGACGGACACGGUAGAGAGUGAGGUGCGACGGCGGUAAAAAAGAUGUCUUCUACCCUGCAAACACCACAAAAUCAGCAACAACAGCAGCAGGAAGUAUCCUCGUCGGGUCCCGUUCCGAUGGCAACGGUGGCGGCGGCGGCGGUCGACUCUGCAGCAGUCUCGUCGGCGGUCACCGAGAAAGACAUUUCCUACUGGCAGCGUUCGCUGGAAGCACUGGCACAGAAAGUGAUUGUUGGUGAACCUCCGGUGGUUACUCCGCAGGAGGAACAAGUGGCGGCACCGAUGCCGGAGAAGAAUGAGAAAGUGAACAUAAACAAGGAAGAGCAAUUGUCCGGCCAAGAGGAAGCGGUCCCAUCGGAACAGCACGAUAGCAACCUUUUCCGGCUGAGCUGCUGCUGCGGAGCCUGUCUCGGGUACCGGGAGACCAUCAUUCAACUAUUUGUCGAGGACUUUGAGUACAAUACGCUGUGGGAGCGGCUGCAGCUGUUGAUUAAAAAGUUUUACGAUUUUAUACCAGAACAAGAGGAUUCCCAACUGUACGGCCGCUACAUGGAGCUGAUGGACAAGUCGUCGCUGAAGUGGCUCACGGACGGCCGCAUCAACACCAAGAAAAACAUUCAGAUCUCGCUCGGGUCCAACUUGCCGCUGUCCAACGAGAUGACCUUCAUCCUGGUGUUUAGCAUGCUGUACACGCGCGAUCCCCACCAGCUGUUUGAGCUGCUCUGCCUGCAGCUGCGCUCGAUCGUGAAAGCGUACAGCCAGGGCCUGCAGGACCUCAUUUCGGAGACGAGCGACGGCGAGCUGCAGUACAGCCCGACGGAACUGUUGACCUAUAUUUUGGACGGUUACGACAAGUUGUGCCACUCGGCCAAGUCGUUGUCGCCGCUGCUGUUUGAGUUGCAACGUGGCCACUUGCAGCAGUUCUCACUAACCUGGUGUCUGAUCAACAAACGCAUGUAUCAACGGUUUGUGUAUUUGGAGGUGCAGAAGAUUAUUCCCGAGUGCAUCCUGAAGCUGAAGGAGCUCCUGUUUGACGAGGAGUACAAGUCGAUGGUGUACCGGUUCAUUCAGUUUGACGACGAAAUGAACUCGACGUCGCAGAUUUGGCGUGACGUUUGGUCGCUGCUGCACGACUACCAUAAAGCGAAGGAGGAUUCGGCCCGGAGGAAGCGCAUCACGUCGGCCCACUCGCUGCUGGUGGCGGUGCGCGAUUCGGAGUUUAACUUCGACCCGGAGGUGCAACGUACCAAGGAUCGUCCGAUUGUGGAGUGGUUGGCGUGCGAGGAUCGCAGCUUGGUGUGGCAGUAUGUGGUGCUUAGCCUGCGUAGCAAGUGGAUUGCAUGUAUCAACCCGCGGCUUACGGCUUCCAUCGAGAACGUCCAGUGUCGAAAGUGUAACUUUGCCCUCGCAACUCAUUAUAUUGAAUGCUCUUGCCGUACUUGUCUGAUUGCUGGUGGAACCUGUCUGGGAAAGUCCAAGGAGCAGCUGUACUGUGCGAAAUGUUCGUUCUUCAAGAAGUUGGACCGCGACUAUCUGGACUAUAUCGGAGAGUUCUUCAACAAGCCGCUGUGUGAAAAGCAGCGACAACAGCUGAACGGCUUAAAUACCUGCUCUUCGUCUUCAUCCACAACGUCAUCGUCAUCAUCUUCGUCAUCAAGCUCCAGCACGGACAUUGCCCUUCCGGAAUCCGACUCGGCAUCGACGACGCCGGCGGAGAAAUCUGGUUCUUCCGGCCCCGCAAAGGACUCGUCAUCGGAUAAGUCUACCUCGGUUGUGGUAGCCUCGAGCCCGUCGACGCUGGCCGACAACACUAGUCUCUACCAUAUCUCGUGGGCCAUCUUCAAACAUUUGCCGGAACGGGUCGCGUACACCUGGACUACGCUGGAGCCCAAACGGUUCUGCAUCUUUCAGGGAGAGCCGUGCAAGAUCAAUGCAUGCCGCGUCGCGAUCAACAUUAUUGCUAUGCUCUACCCGUUGAAUCUGUCCAAGUUUCUCAUCAAGUCGUACCAUCCACUGAAGGAGGAGGAACGCAAGAAGAUGGCCGAAAACUGGAACAUUGACGUGAAGAACUUUAUGCAACGAUUUUGCGACGACAUUAACAAACGCUGGCGAACGGAAGUGGCCGACCGGAUUCACCCGUUGCACUUCUUGGAUCUGCUCUGGGAGUCGGACGAUUCCGAGUCCGCUUUGCUAAGCGACAUGGCGUCGGCCUUUGCCGAGUGGUUCCUGAUAGACUUCCAGUUUCCCCAGCGCAACGUAAUUUACCAAUAUUUCACUAAAUUCUUUCUCGCCAAGGGCACCGACAUCGAGUUCGACAUGAAGUGCUUCGAAGCGGUCAGCGGCUCGCGGCUGUUCAACUGGAGCACUCCGGCCUCGCCGCUACGGCAAAUGAUCGCCGACGACAUGCAGAGCAAACUGCUGGGUGUAAAUUGGAGCACCAUUCUACCGGAAGAAGCACUGGCAGCGAUCAACGGGGAAGAGUUUGCCGCUGCGGCAAAACUGGAGGGAAUCUCGCCCGGAGGUGUCCUCGUGGCGGCGACUACCGGCGGUGGCUUCGGCCACAGCCCGGCAACGAUGGCCGUCAUUGAACCGAUCGUUAAGCUCUGUUCUGACGACGGAACCAUCUGUAAGGACUGCAAGGAUUGCUUCACGGACACGGUCACCAAGUCGGAGAUUUUCGAAAAGGAGAUCAAGAAACCACUCGUUGAAGCACUCAAACUUGCAGCGAGUAACAAAAUACUCGAAACGGAGCUAAAAACGCUUCAAAAGGAGCACAGCAUGCUGAAGGAUAUGGUGCGCGACCUGGAGCAGAUCCACGAGCAAAAGCACAGCACGAUUGUGACGCAGCAGUGUGGAAACAGCACCAGCAGCAGCAACAACACCUCCAACAACAAAUCUACCACCAUCACUGCCACCAGAAACUCGACCGACAAGAGCGGCGUCGCUACCUCCAGCAGCAACGUAUCGGCCAACUCGGCGCAAGCCAACAGUUCCUCCGCGGUAGCUACCAAAACGACGACGACGAACAGUCCGGCGAAGUCGAUGCUGAACCAGGCCACGAAUACUCCAUCCAAAACGACGCCAACUACGAUUACAACGCCGCAGCCAAAUGGGAAAGUGGUUCCUGCAGCCGUUUCCCAGCAGCCGGGACGGGUAGCCGCUACCAAGGCGAUCCCGAAAACGGUACCGGCAACACCGCCGGCUACCGCCAAGGUUAGCUCGAAAGCGCAAUCGACGACGACGGCAGCGGCGGCGGCGGUGACUGCACCACCAACGACCCUUCCUGCCAACUCGUGUGUGAACAAUGGAACGCAGCCGGGAGGCGCCCUAGCCUCCAAGGAGGAUCACAAGAAAACCUGCCACCGGGGUGCGAACGGGGGCGAAAAGGGCGACGGUUCCUGUGUGUGCUACUACUGCACACUGUUUGGGCAGAGUGUGUGCUUGGAGUGCAACCACAACCAGCGAACGAACGAAACUCGCGACCGACUGCGGAAGAAAAUCAAACAACUGCAGAGCAACAAGGACAACCAGCAGCUCAAAUCGCUGAAUCUGAAGAACAUCAAGAUUCCGCCAGGUGGGCUGCUCAAGAAAAUCAACACCAACAAGAGCAACUCGACGAACGCGGUAACUACCAACAACAAUAACAACAUAAACAACAGCAGCAACGUUGGUAGCAGCAGCAGCAGCGCUGAAGUAAAUUGUAGCAACAAUACCGUCAGUAGCGGUAAAGUUGCUCCAACCAUCACCAAGGAAUCCAUCACCUCGAAGGUGGAAGCCAUGAAGAAUAGCAAUCUGAAGACGACACCUGCACCGGCACCACCAGCAACAAGCGGACUGGUAGCAGCCGCCGCAGCAGCAGCUAAAAUUCCACUACCUCCUGCGCUGGCCGGCAAAGGAAUCCCCGCUCCCCAGCAACCACCGGUACAAGUGGCCAAGAAGCCUCCACCUCCGCCACCUGUGGAAGAGCCAUCGUUAGAUGCGAUCCUCCGCUUUAUCGAAGGUGACGACGACGAGGACAAGCAAUCGAGCCAAAAGAAGGCGGCCAAGAAGGUGAAGCAAAAGCAGAAAAAGCAGGAGCUGAAGAAGAUUACCGAGCUGAGUGAGCUGAGUCAAAAGUUUUCCGAGUUCCAUCUGGAGGAACAAAAAGCCCAGAAGCGGUUACAGUUCCAGCAGAACUUGAAGAAAAAGGACAAAAAGCAACUGCUCGAAGAUAUCAAGGCAUUCGAGGAUAAAAAGCUGCAACUGCAAACUGACAUCAAUUCGCUAGUGUCUAGCAUCAAAAACAACAACCCGGAGUUCAAUUUCAACAUUGAGAGCGAUCCUCCGACCACUGGCAAUGGUAAAAAGGCGGCUCCAGUGGUUGAGCAACAACUGCCAGCCAAAUUGCAGCAGAACAUCAACCUGCUUCAGCAGCAAAAGCAACGCCAGCAGCAACAACUAAUUCAACAACAUCAGCAAGGCCAACGACAUCAGCAUUCGUCGAUUCUGGUGCCUCAGGACAAUGUCAGCAUCGAUCCUGCGCGACGGAUGGUUACGAUCAAGCGAACCUUCUUGCCCCAUUCGGAACCGCAAGUCACCGUCACGGCAAAGGGACCUUCGCCCGACAAGGAUCAGCUGCUGUACACGUUCAUCAACGGUCAGCUGGUUCCGCCGGAGCAGAAGCAAGCUUCCUCUGCAGCGGCAUCGACUCCCCCACCACCACCAUCAAGUGCUAAACAGCAAAAGAAGCAGCAAAAACAGCUCAACCAGCUGCAACAGAUGGAGAUGAAGAUGGCGUUCAACGAUGCGAAGCAAAUCAGCGACAUGAUCGUCAAGAGUCAGUUCACCAACGACACGGACGUGUGGAUCACGGAGAAGCUGCUAAAGCUGAGCCUGCGCGAACAGUCUGCCCAGCAGCAGCAACAGUCGAUGCGCGAAGUGGACGAACUGAUGCAGAAGCUACAACUGCAGACCGCCGACGGGAAGCGCAAAAAGGAGGACAUUGUGUCGCUGACGAGCAAGCUUUCGGAAAAGUUGACGCAAAUCAAGAGCAAAGCCAAGAACUCGGUGAGCGAAGCGCAGGCCAAAGCUGCGGCGCAGAUGCUGCAGAAGAUUGUUAAAAAGCUGGAAGUGCUGGGCGAUGGCGGCGGUAGCGGCACGGGAGAGGAAGCCAAAGGCAAGAAAAAGAAGUCCAAGAAAAAAGACAAGGAGAGUGACGAGAUUGAUGCGCUAGUCAGCUGGUGCGAGGGGUUGGACAUUAACGGAAGCGCACCAACGACGACGGGCUCGAAGAAGGGUUCGGAAAAGAAGGCUGCCGAGAAGAGUGUGGCCGGUAAGGUUCUGAACCGAAAGUUGAGCAAGGACUCGAUUAGCUCGAGCGGAAGUGGUGCGCAGAAGGGAAAAGAGAAGGUCAAGGAGAAGGAGAAGGAAAAGAAGCCGGAGGAAAGCAAAGUGGUUGUGGUCAAGAAGAAGGUGGUUCGCAAGAAGAGUGACGCGUUUAUCGAUCCGGAAUUUGAUAACAAUGCCUUCAAGCUGCUGAAUCUAGACGAUACCGAGUCGGGCGAUGAAGAGGAAGAAAUUGAGGAGGUCGGAGACGAUGAGUCGGCGGUGAGCGAAGAAGUGAAGGUUCCUUCGAGGCCUGCCACGCCUCCGCCGCAACCCUCUCCCAAGUUGGAGGAAAUCGUACGUCCUCCAACUCCGCCGAGUCCGGUUCCAGUAAUGGUUGCUACCAGUAAGAAAUCCAAGAAGAAGGCUGACAAAGCAAUGGAAACGACGCCACCGGUGCAGCCAGUUGCAAAAUCUGACGGUAAGCAGGUUAAGAAUAAAGAAAACCUUGCACCGCCACCAGCGUCAACGCAGAAGACUGCCACCGUGCCUAAAAAUGGUCAACCCACCAGUCAUAAUGGUAGCCGUAAGGGUUCUGUAGCGCCACCUCCGGAAAAGUCUAUCCUGGAUAAUCCGAACCUCUCCAAACGGCAGAAGAAGCUAAUGUUGAAACAACAGCAACAACAAGAACAACCAGCCAAAGUGGCUCAGACGAACGGUCAAAAGAAACCGCAACAACAACAACAGCAUGCACAACCUCCGGCAGGCAGACACAUUGACAAGACGGUCAAGAAUGCCGAUCGACUGGUCAAAUCAUCCAACGAUCGACGCUCGAAGGUGAACAUCAGUGCGGACACAACGCUCGAGCUGCUCAACGAGUCAGGUGGGAGGAGUGUGGCCACGCCGCCAAAGAUCCCGAACACCUUCCCGCCUGGAGACACUUCGUUUGGCGCGAGCAUCAUGGAUCAGCUGAGCCGCGGAAUUCGGGUCGAAGGAUUGCAGCUUCCUCCGGGCAUUACGCUGACUCGAGUAGACGCCAUCCAAGCGGAAGCCAUCAAGGCCAAACGGGAGUCGAUCAAAAAGAUCUGCGAACCUAUGCCACCGCCUCAGCCGGAAGUUCAACCACCACCAGCGAUGAUGAUGGGUGGUGGAGGACCGUUCAUGAUGAGUCCCAUGAUGGGACAGCAGCAAUCGACGAUGAUUUCGCAAGCGCCCGGUCAGGAUGCCGUCAUUAUGGUGGACACCAACAAGCUCAAGGGUAGUGGAUCGACCACCGCCCAAAACGGACAGGAUGGCGACAAAAAGUCCAGCAAGAAGAGCAAGCGAAAGAACAAGAACAAAAGCAAGAAUGACUCUUCCAACAAGUCUGCAGGACCGCCGAAGAGUGACGCUGGCAAGAACCAGAAGCCUGGCAACAAUAUCGUAACGUUGCGCAACCCGAUGUUCCAGGGGGGUGCACCCGCGAGGUCCGCACCUCCCCAGGGUGGAGUGGAUCCGUCUGCGGUAGGUCAAAAGCCUACCGGCGGAUAUGACCAGCCGGCGACCAUCUUCAAGAACGACAACGGCAUGUUUACGAUUCGAAAUCCAGCGUUGCACCAGGCCCUAUCGGGUGGCGCCCCACCGUCUACGAGUGGCUUCCGGCCGUUCAAUACCAACUACCUCGUGGAGAACGGAAUCUUCCCGACGCAGGGUGGAGUGGCCACCAGUGGCACUCCGGCAGCGUACCUUCAACAGCACCAGCAGGUCGCCUCGGACAGAGGAAUGCUGGGCGAUGGUGGAGCAUCCGCGCUCAACUCGACUCCCUUCUCGGCCACGGUGGAACCACCACGGAAGUGCAACUCGGCCAUUGGCAGCGAGAUGAAGAAUGCUCAAAAGCAGAAGCAGAAGCAAGCCCAGCAGCAGCACCAUCAUGCCCACCACCUGCCACAUCCGGGUGCGUGGCAAAAUAUGAACGGUGGCAGCGCUAGUGCCGGCACGAACGACCUGUUCAACCCGCUUGCCCUGUCCGGUUCGGCGGCGACCAACCAGCGGUGCUAUUCGCCGUUCGAAAGCCUGCAGUACGGUCUGACCGGAAGUCAGGACUACAUGAAUCCGCAGAGCUCCGCUCCUGGGUACUUCCCAAUGAGUUCACCGUCAGCGACGGUCAGCGCGAUCGGCUCGGAACGGUCCCAGGCGAGGGCACAGGCAGCUGCGGCCAUGUCCUCGGUUGGUUCGUCGCACUGCUGCGACGACUCACCGAGUGGUUCCUUCUACGAUGGGCUUGGUGCUGGUGGCGCAAACCACAAGUACGACGAUCUGUCGUUCCUGCAUAACUUGCAACCCGGCCAGCGGUUAAACAGCGAGGUCACCAUCCACAACAUCAACGAGUCCAAGUUCCUUCGACAGCAGCAGCAGCAGCUGCAAGGACAAAGCCUUUCGAACGAUAUCGAAAUCACCCGGAUACCGGCCCCGGGCAGUUCGGCGGCGCCCGUUGGGUUUAACCACCCGCUGCUCAUGUCCCCAGCUGGUUCCAACAUCAGCAGCGAAACGGCGUCCGUUUCCGGCGGUGUGGGAGCAGUUGCUGGUGGUGCCAUCGGUGGCUCUUCCGGGCACAGCAUUACUUCCGCCGGUCAGGCGAACUUGCUCGCCCUCAACGACAUGGAGACCAGUCUGUUUCUGCAAAAAUACCAACAGCAGCAGAACUUACUUCAACAGCGCCUUCAGCAGCAAAUGGAACAACUCCAGCUGCAGCCCAUCAGCCGGCAGCAGCAGCAGCUGAUUGGGGAGUACGGAGAGAACAUUUUCGCCCCCAACCAGAUGGUGAAUCUUAACGAGUUGGAAUCGGAAGAGCGGGACAUUGAAUCGUUCAAGCGAUUCAACUACUACUUCGACCCGCCAAAGAACAAGCCCAAGAUCAAUCUGAACGUGAAGGACAUAAUGGCCAACAAUAGCAACAGCAGCAGCAGUGGCGGUGCUGCUAGCAUGAAACCUCCAGGCAAUAGCAACCACGUGGCUCGGGGCGGUUCAAGCGGUACGGACAGCACCGGAAGUAGUAGCAGCAGCAGUGUCAGCAACGACAACAACCCCGGCGGAAUCAGCAUCGGAGAGGACAUUCAACCGAUUCGACCCCAGGCACCGAUUGGAACUCCGUCGCUCAAGGGACUGCAAAGCGCGCCCUGCUCGGCUCCACUGUAUCCGGCCACAUCGGACAGUCCCGCCUCGUCGGCGUCCAUCUUUGACGGAAUUUCCUCGUCGUUGAGCAGCCAUGCCCAUUCGUGCGACGACCUGUUUAACGAUCUGCUCAGCUCGGCCGCCUCGCCUGGCAAUCUUAGUCUGAAUCUAAACCUGGCCCAGCUUCAGCAGUCCAACUCGGAUCCGGUGGUGUACGACAACAUGGUUUACGCCGGGCGAGCCCCGAGCGUCGCCGGCAGUUCGUCAGUUGGGGCAGCGCGAUCGUCGCCGGCGAAACCGACCGCCGAUCUGUCCCAGAGUAUUAUCAGCAACUAAGUUGAUCGUCUCCUCCAAACGUGCGGGUGCGGUGUAGUGUGCAAUUCAACAACAACCACAACAACUAUUAUCAAAAGUUGCCUUUACGUGUAAUGAAGAGGUGCCAUACAACUCCCUCCCAAGCUGGUACGACGGUACACUGGACCGGUCGAAUGCACAAAGAGCACUAACUAAUUUUGACUGCCAUUAAGAGUAGAAAGAUCGUUUGCGAGUGUCUCUUAAAGACUCCAAGUAGGGACGACUCCGCAGUGCGGAGCAGACAAAGCACCGGGCGUAUCCAACGAGCAGCUUUUUACUCCGUGGAGACGCAUGGUGCUUUUAAAUUUGGAAGAAACAGUUGCAUGAAUUGAAGAUUUGGAAAAUGAGUUGAACUAGCAGUGGCAGAUUCAGAGUCUGACUCGCUCUCAGAAAUAAACUAAAGAAAACAAUGUAAACUCAUGGUUAUUUUUACUAGCUUUUAUCCGUUAGGGGUAAAGUCGGAGUGCUCUGAAUGAAGAAGGUCGCGCGCGCUAACUUUUGUGUUUGUUCUGUGUUUUUAUUUUGUUUUUAAAGAAAAGAACAGAGUCGACGACGGUGCGCUUCACGUUCGUUUGCCGGUGGAGGCAUGUGAUGGAGACACACGUACUACCAUUUUACUAUUGUUUGUUGGCGCUGUUGAACCGUUUCGUUGUGCUGUAUUGUUUGCGGUUCUGGUUGUAACAAUAUUAGGCGCACAGAGAUAGAACGGCAAACGGCAAAUACCAAGUCACAUGUAUCACAUUAAAAAAUGACGAUCGCGGAAAAUCGAGUUGUUCAUAAAGUAUGGACGAAAAAUGUAAUGUUGCUCUGAUUAAUAAAUUGUAAAUAUAUUCUUUACGAUUGAGAAAAAUGAACAGUAAUAAUGAAAAACA